UUGUCUAGAAUGCGCUCAAAGCGAUGCGCAAUGAUAAGAAAUCUCUGGUGUUUGUUUACGCCAUUUGUGGUACACUAUUAUUAAAAUGGUUAUGGAACUAGUAUAACUUAUAAUGUAUAGUUGCUAACUAUAAUAUUUUCUUUGUAGUAGUUUCUAGAAGUGAAGUAAUAAACUAAAAAUGUCUGGAAAGAAUUCCAAUUUCCCUUCAACAGAGCGAGUCGUCAAAAGUGUGCCAUUCCCACCUAGUCAUAAACUUUUAAUCAGUGAAAUCUUCGAUUCUCAGACUAACAAACCUAGAAUGGAAGUUUUAAAGCAGCAUUUUACUCUAGAAGGAAGAAUAGAAGAAGCUGCAGCAUUGCGUAUCAUUAACGAAGGCGCUGCUUUGUUAAGGCAAGAACGUACAAUGAUUGACAUUGAAGCUCCUGUGACAGUUUGUGGUGAUGUCCACGGUCAGUUUUACGACUUAAUGAAACUGUUUGAUGUUGGAGGACCACCUGCAACAACAAGAUACUUAUUUCUGGGAGAUUAUGUAGACAGAGGGUACUUUAGUAUUGAAUGUGUUCUUUAUUUAUGGGCGCUCAAGAUAUGCUUUUCCAAAACUUUAUUCCUAUUACGUGGAAAUCAUGAAUGCAGGCACCUAACUGAAUACUUCACCUUUAAGACUGAAUGCAAAAUAAAAUAUUCAGAACGAGUGUACGAUGCUUGUAUGGAAGCCUUUGACUGUCUGCCUUUGGCAGCAUUAAUGAAUCAGCAAUUCCUUUGUGUUCAUGGAGGUUUAUCACCUGAGAUACAUACAUUAGAAGAUAUUAAAAAGUUGGAUAGAUUUAAGGAGCCUCCAGCAUUUGGCCCUAUGUGUGACUUACUGUGGUCAGAUCCACUUGAAGAUUUUGGCAGCGAGAAGAACAUGGAACAUUUUAGUCAUAACAGCGUUCGAGGUUGCUCAUACUUUUACAGCUAUGCAGCAUGCUGUGAGUUUCUUCAGCAAAACAACCUUCUCUCAAUUAUCAGGGCACAUGAAGCUCAGGAUGCAGGAUACCGGAUGUACAGAAAAAGCCAAACAACUGGUUUUCCAUCCCUCAUCACUAUUUUUUCUGCACCAAACUAUCUGGAUGUGUACAAUAAUAAAGCUGCUGUCUUGAAAUAUGAAAAUAAUGUCAUGAACAUUAGACAGUUCAACUGCUCUCCUCAUCCUUAUUGGCUACCCAACUUUAUGGAUGUCUUUACAUGGUCUUUGCCAUUUGUUGGAGAGAAAGUAACUGAAAUGCUAGUAAAUCUUCUGAAGAUCUGCUCCGAUGAUGAACUAAUGUCUGAAGAUGAUGAUUCGUUUGAAGGUGGUACAGCAGGGGCAAGGAAAGAAGUGAUCCGAAAUAAAAUUAGGGCUAUUGGAAAAAUGGCUCGAGUGUUUUCAGUAUUAAGAGAGGAGAGUGAAAGUGUGCUUCAGUUGAAAGGCUUGACACCUUCGGGAACCUUACCUUCUGGCAUUCUAUCUGAGGGAAAGACUUCUAUUAAGAAUAUUAUUGCAACAGGAAUCUCCCCACAACACAAGAUUACAUCCUUUGAAGAAGCCAAAGGUCUAGACAAGAUCAACGAAAGGAUGCCACCAAGGAAGGAUGCCUCUCCACUGACAUCUCCGCUAACUCAAGUACCAACAGGGUCGACAGAGGAGAUUUUAGAAACCCACCUGAGUACUCUACCCAAUAAUUUAUGAGAUUGUAGUAAGAUUUCAAGGCUCUUAAAUGCAGAAUAUAGAGAUCUGGAAAGCUGACAGAGAGUAGACAAUAUAAUUCUUCUCUCUGUCAGCUAUGCAGCACCUCCCAGUACUCCAGCCAUUGCAGGAUGGUUUUUUCCUGUGGCACAGUCUGUUUACUGAGUCAACUAAUGUGCUGAAGAUACAGUCUGGUACCAUGGGCCAGUUUUGCCUUCCCCACUUACUUAGUUUUUAAUUGUUAUGAUAUUUUAAAAUUGUGGCCAGAGGUUGUUUUGACUAAAUGCUGUUCAUAAUGAGAAGUGAGAAUUUUGUCACCUUUACUACUGUCACUUACAAGUAUCUUGCACUCACUUGUGCAUGUGUUUAAACUAUCAAGACAAUCAUUGUGCUGGAAGGUGAAUUUGCUGCUGUCUUUGGGUCAGUUAACAGUUAAAUUAUUCACAAGCUGUGAUUUUUGGCUUGUUUGAGUUGAUUAUAUUACCUUAAGAGUAUAACUUUAUUUUUCUCCUGGUGGGAUAAACUAGAACAGUACAUAAUGUUGAUAUGAUUGUUUAUUAAUGAUUCUUGAAUGUGUGUACAUGCACACAGGUAUUUAUGUUAAGAAGUUCAGAAGUUUUUGAUUUUCUUAAAAUAAUGGAGUUAGACAGAAUUUCAAUUUAUUUGGAUUAGCACUUGUUGUAUAAAAACCUGGAGUAUUUGAUCUUCUUAAUUUAAGUUUCACAUAAGAAAACAGUAAAGCUAAAACCAUUGUGUACUUAUAACUGAAAAAAAAUGUAUCAUUUUAUUCUGUUACUCAGUGUUUUAAUUGUUUCAUUCCAAGCAUGAAAUGGUACAGAAUGAAUGAAGAUAAAAUAAUAAAUUGACAAAUAUCACUGACAUACAAGACUUAAGGUUUUUCGGGCCUUUCAUUAGUGGCUGUAUUGUGACUCGUCUUCAACUAAUGAAUUCUAACAACAAGCUUGAAAUGUGUCAUAAAGUUUGUUUGUAAAAGUUAGGUAAAUGGCAUUGUUUUCAACAUUGGUCAAACAAGUUAGUGUUGUUUACUUUCCAUAUGGCAUGCUCAUGUGUUUAAUUUUCUUCACCACACUUAAAGGAUAUUUGUUUUGAAAAGAUUAAAUUUAUAAUAAUAAUAAUAGUAAUCACUGGCGCUUUUCAUAUUGUACUCACUCAGCAUCUGUACACAGCUCAUUAGAUUAUAGAUGUAUUUCAGUGUUGUAGUAGCACAUUAUAUCAAUAGCAUGUGUAAUCUUUCAACUCUGCACAACUGAAAAAUAUAUUGUAGAUGUAUUUCAGUAGUGUAACUCCUUACAUUAAAAAGUUCUGUUGUUAUUCAGUCCUCUACACAAGUCAGUGAAAUAUUAUAGAUGUAUUUCAGUAUUGAAACUCAUUAUACCAAUAGUUUUAUUAUAAUUCAGCUCUCUAUGCAAGUUAGUGAAAGAUUGUAGAUGUAUUUCAGUAGUGCCAUACAUUAUAUCAAUAAUUUUAUUAUAAUUCAGCUCUCUAUGCAACUCAGUAAAAGAUUGUAGAUGUGUUCCAGUAUUGUAGCUCAUUACAUAAGUAAUUUUGUUAUAAUUCUACUGUUCACAACUAAACAAAAUAUUUUAGUUGUACUAGACUGCAUCUUGGUGUUUACAAAUCUGACGAAGUUCUUUAUAAUUUUAGGUAUAAAAAUAAAAAUUUUCAGUAAAACUACAUUUCAGAAAUGCAUAGAUAUUUAUUUUAAGCUUGAACUUUUAGACUGACUAUAGUCCUUUAGCAAAAGCCUAAAAUGAACAAUAGAACAACUAGAUGUUACAUGAACGAAAGCCCUGAAAAUGUAUACCAAGAACAACACAACAGAAGAAUGUAUAAUUUGUUAUGAUUUACAGACUCAGAUUGAAAGGUGAAUGUAAAAUAAAGUACCAUAUUUCUAGCAUAUAUAUUUUGAAAUGCUAAUUGAUGGGUUUUUCUGGCAUGAAAGAUUUGCCCUAAAAGGUUUUGUUUGGACUAGCAUGUUUCCCAACAUAGUCAGAGAUUAGAGCAACAGCCAGGUGAGUUUGAAUCUACUGAUAGCUUAAGAUGGACUAGCUUUUCAUUUGAACCUGAUAGAUGAGUUAUAUACAGUUAUAUGUGGACCUCUAACUUUUCCUUUCAUAGCAUAAUUUAAACAGAGUUGGCAAAAGUUUAGUCUUUGUAGAAUGUAGCACAAAAUUCCUGUAAAAAUUGAUAAAACUGCCAUAGAUAUAAGGAUGGUACCAGAAUACCAUGCAUGUAAAGUCUUCAUCCCUUGACUUCAAAUAUGUUGAACGGAGAAAAAUUAAAAUCAGUGCACUUGUUCCUGAGUGUAUUAUUAAUGUGGAAUUUUCAGCUUUAACAUUAAAACAUCUUUACUAUUCUGUUUUUCAAGAAUUUAUGCCAAUUUAGUUUUCUUAUGUCUUUUUUUUCAUAGUACAAUAAUAAAUCUUUGUUCAUUCAUUAUUAUACUGUAAUCAUAAGAACAAGAUGGUAGAUUCUGUAUAUAUCAUGUUGUUUUUAGGGUAUUAUUUAAAUUAUGUAUCGCUUUCUUACUGUUAUAACUGACGUGACUUACGAAUUGCAAUGACUGAUUUUAGUUGUAUUUCAGAAGUUAACACAUUUAUUUUAAUUAAAUCAACUUCCUACACAAUUGAAUAUGAGACUCUUGUCAUAUUUAAAGAGUGAACCUCAACAUACAAUUACUACAUUUAUUAUAAUUAAAUUAGUUGACAUAUGCAACCCAGUGAGAGAUUUAUUCGUAUUUCAGUAAUUAAUGCCAGCAAACAUUUGACAUCAAUUAUAAUUUAUUUUAAUAUAGAUUAUUAUAAUUAUUUCAUAUACUUUACACUAUUGAUUUAAUACUGGAUAAGGUUUAGUAUAGCUAUCUAUCCUAAACAACUUGCUUCAUACUGCAUAAGGUUUAAGGAAAUAUGCAUAUAUACCAUAAAAAUGGUUAUUAAAUGAAGCUGUCUCACAUAAGUUGAUCCACAAGAGUUCAGGUUGAUUGGAAACCUUGCUUUACAUUUUUGUUAUUCAAAAGAAAUUUUAUUGUAAAAAACUUUUGUUUAUUAAGAGCUUAAGGGUUAUUUUCAAUGAAUAAAAAGAAACUGUGAUAAGCAAGCACAGGUGAGGAAUCAGCUACCCUUACUAAUGAUAGUUUGUAGUAUUUAUUUUGAAUUUAAUGGAUAUUGCAAUUUUAGUCAAGUAUAAUUUAAGGCAAAAAUCAAGACAUUCCAGUGUUAUGUCAUUUUCAUUUUGCUUUUCAACACAUUUAGACGUGAAAGUUGAUGUUAAUAAUUUAGGCUUAGUAUACUGGUACAUAGUUUUAUUUUUAUCUUCUAAGUUUUUGCUGAACAAAUUCAUAAUGUUAUUGUGAUUGUCUAAAGAGCUGUUUAUAAUUGUCUUGCUAUUAAAAAUUUCUAUUUGACAUUCUCAGACAUACUAUUAACACAGUUUUCUCUGUAAAGUUUCUGGAAUACUUAGCUAUUGAGUAAAACUACAGCUAUACGUGAACUUUAGAGCUUACUCAAAUGUCUUGUUUCUUGGCUUAAAGGAGUAAUAUAUAUAUAAAUAUAUAUACAUACAUUACCAGGUAGGAUUAAAACUGAGAACAAGUCAAAAUGAAUAGACUGUGUUUAUAUACUUACAGUUUCCCUUCUGGUGUAUUUAUGUUUUUCAUAAGUUGUUUUUGUUGAUGCCUUUCUUAUAAAUGGUAGCAAAAUAAAAAUGGUUGUUCCCUUAUGAAACUGUCUUAUUCGUACAAACAAUUAUACUUCUGUUUUUUUUUUCAUGAACCUAUAAGUUCUUUUGCUGAUGCUUUUCUUGUAAACAGUAGCAAAACAGAAAUGGUUGUUCCCUUAUUGGUACAUACUUUGGGUGGAGUUUUUUAGUACUUAUAAAACAAAUUUUAGGUUUAGAAGUAGCUCCUGUUCAAAAACUUGUAUUGAAAAUUUCAAAAAUUAGAAAAUGACCUUCAAGCUUGAAACAAGCAUGGUUUUAGAUAAAUCAGGGAAAAUUUACAGACAAACUUGAAAGUUACUGUGGUAUGUUUGGACUGAGGAUUUUAUUAUUUAUUAGAUAUUUUUAUCAGUAUGCUUUUAGUAUACUUUCAAAAAUAUGUGUUCUUAACACCACAUAAGUGUACGUCAUCACACUGUACACUGAAAGUUGUUUAAAACUAAAAUAUCAUAGAAGUUUCUUUUAUUCAAGAUAUAAAUACACAAAUGAUUAUAUUCUGAUAUGGUCAUUACCUCCUCUCACAUAAAUAGCUAUUCUCGUUCAGUGCUGCCUUCUAUAUGAAAAAAAAGUUUACGCAUGCCACAAGCCUUUUUUUCCCCUCCAUUGAAAUUGAUUAAUUACAGUGCAUCUCUCAUGUAACAACCCUCCACUGAUAAGAGUGUCACAUACUCUAAUUUUGCAUAUGACUCCUUCUAUUCAGUUCUACUUAACUAUGACUGAGUUUGGCAGUACUCAUGUUGAGACAUUUUUUUUGUUUUGGUGCUUUUUUCGUUAUAUUAAAGAUUCAUUUUACUUUAACUUAAUUUCCCAGUUUUUUGUUUUUUCUCUCUCACAUUUGCAUUUGUCUAUUAAACCAUUUUAAUGUUUGAUUCAUAUUUUUGAAAUGAAUUCUUAGGUUUAAGUUACCACUUUGGAUAUCAUACUUUCUACAAGCACUUUUACAGGCUGCAGGUGAGGGUAACCCAUCAUUGGAUUUAUCAGCGAUUAUCCGCUGAGAGAUUGAUCGUUACAUGGAUCAACCACCUUCUCCUAAACUUGCCCCACUUCCUCCUGAACAAGCGGAACCAGUUCUGGCCAAUGAAGAUUUUGAUAGCAUUUUUCCACCACUGGAUUUUGCUAUUUCUUCCUAUGCCCAACCUGCAAAAUCAGCUAGGCCUAAUAUGGCAUUUUUAGACAUGAUUUCUCAGGUAUGUGAUGUUUUAUCCAUUUCCCUUAUUUUCUAUGAUCCCAUCCUUCUUUGUUGCAUGAUAGUUCUUCCUCUCUGUAUUUAGCCCCCCCCCCAGAUAUUAGGGUUCAUGCUGAGCAAUUUGCUUCACAAUUGAUUGAGGGUGCCCUGCCCUCCAUGGGCUAUGGAUCAGUUUGCCUUGGCUUACCAUCAGCCCAACUGUCCAUUUCUCGACUCUCAGCAGUUGGGAUUUAUUCUACCUGUGUGGGGGGCAGUCCCUAAUUUUCCUGCACAUUUAACCCAUGCCCAAUUUUCACGGCUUUAUUUUAUCCUUACUUCACUUGUAUGGUAUUUAUCUACCUUCCAUCUCCUUUCAGAGGCGAUACACCGAGAUCCUGAAGGUUUUUCGAGGGACAGCCUCUCCUUUAUUACCUCCACAUUUGUUCCUCUGUUGUCUUUGGCUCUUGCUUUACACAUGUGUUUUCUCUGUUGUUGGGAUCUUCUGGGUCAUGAUGGAGCCUUGUCCCAGGUUUGUUUGCUGCACACUUAUCUAAGGGAUUUACAUACGUCCCCUUUUCUUCAGCAGUAUGUUUUCGACCAUGUACCUGAGGUUUUGGAAUCACAUGUGGAGUCUGUGCAUCAACACUCUACCCUUUCCUCUUUGGUAGCUCAUUUGUUGCAGUCAGAACCACAACAAGUCCCUAUUCCUGUUUCCCAGCUUAGUCCUUCUCAGCCCUUACCUAUUCCUCCCUCUAGGAGUUUCUUAUCUCCUUAUUUUAUUUGAUGGAGAUAGGCAUGGUGCCAACAGUACUGGUGACUACUACCCAGUGGGUUCCAGUCUGGUAGGAGCUCAAUUGUGCAAGUGUGUUCCCUUUUGGCAAUCUUUCACCACAGAUUAGUGGGUUAUUCGAGUUUUAUCAGUGGGACUUGUCUUCCAAUUUCUCCCCACCCACCUCCUAUUUCUCUGGUACCCAUUUCCUUCCCUAUGCCUUGGGAUCCUAUCACCUGCCAGCAUAUGUCAGAGGUGGUUCAAGACGUUUUGUCUCAACAGGCCAUUGAACCUGUUCAUCAUCUUCCUCCAGGCUGUUUAUUGUCCCCAAGAAAACCAGAGACUGGUGACCUGUAAUAGAUUUGUCCCGCCUCAGUCAAUUUUUCAUUCUACACCAUUUUACCAGGGAAUCGUUUCUCACCCUCAAGUAGGCUUUUUCUCCUAAUUUGUGGAUGACCAAGAUGGAAGUCACUAAUGCUUACUUGCAUAUCCCAAUAUCUUGUCAGUCGCAAACCAUAUCUUUGGUUUGUUCAUCAUGGGGUGGUUUAUCAGUUUUGUGCACUGCCUUCUGGACUUGCUUCGGCUCCAUAUGUUUUUUGUCUGGUGGUCAGGGCAUUCGCUUGUCACCUACAUGCUCUCAGGUUGUGCUUUCAUCAUUAUAUUGAUGACUGGCUACUGUUAGCUCGUUCUAAACAGGAGUCUGCCUGUUACACUCAUCAGCUGCUCCUAGAGGUGGCUCGAGUGGGCUGGUUAAUCAAAUUGGAGAAGACAUUCCUUCAACCUAACCAAUAUCUUGUCCAUUUGGGUGAUUUUUUCAACACUCGUUUUAUAUAGCUUUCAGUUCUCUCCGUGCUCUUACUGCUCCCUCUAUUACAGCUCUUGAGGUUCUGUUGCUUUUGGAGAUGUGGUCUUCCAUGGCAGCUCUUAUCCCUUUAGGUCGUACUCAUAUGCAAACACUUCAUGACCAGUGGAAUCUUGCACGGUACCCUUUGCAGGCUCAUAUUACCCUUCCCCCUACCCUAGUCGACGAUCUGUAAUGAUGGUUGGACAAGUCUCACAGGUCAGCAGGUGUUCCGAUUUCUCCUCCUCAUCAAGAUUUACACAUUUUCACAGAUGUAUCCCUUCAGGGAUGGGGGGCGUGGGUCAAUUUCUAGGAAGCUUUGGGACAUUGUUCUGCAGCCGAGAGGUCUUAUCAUAUCCACAUCCUUGAGCUUUUUGCUGUAAAACAGGCUUUGGUUCAUUUUCUCCAUCUGGCCAGAAAUCAUCUGGUAAUGAUCCAUUACAACCAUUCUGCAGUGGCUGCUUAUCUCAAUCACCAAGGUGGCACCCGUUCUCAAUCCCUCUGUAUUCAUACGUUGAAUCUUCUUUUUUGGGUCCACAUGCAAGAUAUUUUAUAUCAUUGCGUGUCAUGUUCUGGGUGCUUUCAAUCUUGUUGUAGAUCGGCUUUCCCAUUCAGACAAAAUCUAUCUUGUUUUCCAUUGGCUUUGCCUUCAGUGGGGUACUCCUCACAUAAAUGCUUUUGCCAUGUUCCUCGACCAUGAAUUACCUCUGUUUUGGCUUCUGGUCCCUCAUUCUCUUGCUCUGGCUGUCGAUGCUUUCAGCUAGGAUUGGACCAACAAAUACCUAUAUGUUUAUCCUCCCAAUCGACUUCUUCACUGGGUGAUUUGAUCAUCCAUACCAUUUCUUGUCAAGUCCAUCUCAUUGUUCCUUUCUAGCCGGCUCAGCCAUGGUUUCCGCAGCUUUUCCAGCUCCACUUUACCCCUCCAUUACCUCUUCUUUGACCUCAAUCACCAGUGCUUCAUCCAACCCUUCAUGUCCUCCAUCUUCGUGCCUGGUUUUUAUCUGGUCCUAGGCAAAGAGAUUUGGCUUGUCCUGAUGAGUAACUUCAUUUCUGGCUCAAUCCAUUUGUUCUUCUUCCAUGGAAGUUUAUCAAUGUAAAUGGAUGUUUUUCCACCACUGGUCUCUGGGUCGAGGGUUUUCUGCUGAUCGACCCACUGUUCCUCAUAUUGUGGAUUUUCUUACUUGGCUUUUCGAUCAGCGGUCUUCUGUCUCCUUUAUCUCGGGUUAUUGGGUGGCCUUGUCCCACACCUUUCAUUUUUCCCAAUACCAUAAGGUAUUUACCUCUCAUAUGCUUUCCCUGUUGAUGCAUUCCUUCUGGAUUCAUCAUCCACUGCAGUGGACUGUCCUACCAAAUUGGAAGGUUAAUGUCCUCUUUCACUGCCUCACUUUGCCUCUGUUCAAACCAUUUUCCACAUGCUCCUUGUUUCACCUUUUCCUUAAGACUUAUUUCCUUUUUCCUCAUAACCUGUAGAUGUCGCAGGUCUGAUUUAUGUGGCAUCGAUGUUUCAGUUACUCUUUAUCAUUCUACAGAUAUUCUCCUUUAUCCGGAUCAUCCCAGUAGCCAAGUUUUGGAUUAUGAGUAGAACCAAUCAACAUUAAUCCUCACACACAUAUUACAGAUGUUUAUAUUCCUCACUCUUUUAUACUUCAUCGGUGUUGUGGCUCACGGUGGAGGUAAUUGUGGAUUGUUUCUGUUCUUUCCCUACUGCUAUCCUUCGAUGUUUCUUAUUCCUUGGAUGUUAAUGCACUUGGAGUGGUACUGAUCAAUUUCACUUUUGAGGGAGGUGGUUUACAUUAUGUAAACAUCUUUUCAAUACCAGAUGUCGGGUUACUGGAUCAAUUUAUCAUAUUCACAUGUGCCCCGUUCAUUAGUUUUUGGUGCUAGAUUUUCUAUGGUAUCAUGAACUUGAGGUGAAGACAGUAUGAUCCUCUUUCAUACCCCCUACUAGAUGGCUGGGUUUUGGAUUGUAGUUGACUUGCCACCAGCAUGAUCUUCUUUCCUACCCCACAUGGAUGCCGGUUCUCGGCGGCCUGGGUUUUGGAUUGUAGUUGACUUGCCACCGGCAUGAUCUUCUUUCCUACCUCCACAUGGAUGUCGGUUCCCAGCGGCCUGGGUUUUGGAUUGUAGUUGACUUACCAGUGGAAUGAUCCUUUUUCAUACCUCUACAUGGAUGUCGGUUCUUUAUUUCUCUCACACCAGUCCCUCCACCUAUUCAAUGUGGGAUUCUAGCUAGUUAUGUGAGUGGAGGUAAUGUACUGUAUCAAAAGUUACAAUUCUCCUAUACUGAAAUUGUAUUUCUGAUAGGUACUUACCUCUUCCCACCCUUCCUCCCCACUGAAACCAGUACUUCCAUUUUCUGCCAAACAUUGAAGUGAUAGUAAAGUAGAAUUGAAUAGAGGGAAUCACAUGCAUAAUAAGAGUAUGUUGCACACUUAUUGAUGGAGGGUUGUCACAUUAUAAUUUGCAUGAGAGAUUCAUUGGAAUUAAUAAAUUCCAAUAGAGGGGAGAAAAAAGGCUUGUGGCAUGCAUAAAAAUAUUUUUGCAUAUAGAGGGUAGCACUGAACAAGAAUAGCUAUUUAUGUGAGAGGAGGUAAGUACCUAUUGGAAAUACAUUUUCAGUAUAGGAAAAUUAUAACUUUUGUUCUUCUAUUAAUAUUUUUGUAGAUUAUUUUAUUGUUUAUGUCAUCUGGACUUUGUUCUAAUGAAUAAUGGUUCAUCAAUCUUGUAGAUUUUCAAGCUUUUUUUAAACAUUGUCUGUAGUAUAUUAUUUACUGACAUAUUGAUGCCAUUACCAGAUCUUUUACUUUCGUACUGUUUCAUUCAGCCUAGCUCCAAUGUAAAGUCUUUAAUUUUCUAAGUCUGUAAACUUUACCUGUUGUGUUGAUAUGGGAAAAGUGUACAAAACUACAAUGAGCAAUACCAGACAUUUCAUUGAAAAAAGGUUUGUAGAUUAAUACGUAGUAAAUGUUUUGAGCAUUUAACAUGUGUGUAUAUAUAUUUAAAUUUAUGAAAGAAAUGAAAUCUCAUUAGAACCACUACCUCUAAAAAAACAUACAUAUUAUAAAUCAGCAUGGUCAUUUUAGUGUUAUAAAAAUUGAGUGGAGAAAAAUAUUAUUUAACUUCUACUUUUAGUCAAAUAAUAUGAACAUCUCUUGAUUUCUAAAACUUUGGAUGUAAUUUCAACUAAUGAAAAGUUUCUAAUGAUAACAUGACGGGCAGAAACAUUUCAGUGACUUCGGAUGAAUGCACUGUAAAUUGUAAAGAGAAUGAAAAAUAUAUAUAUGUAAAUCAUUAAAGACUUGGAUAUAUAUAUGUGGUCCUUCACUAUAGACAACAGCUAGAAAUGGACACAUUUUGAUUUGAUAGGGUUGCGUGUAAAGUAUAAAUAAUCAAGCACAUUGUAUCUAAUGAAAGGCCUAAGGAUAUGUUCAUGUAUAGGUAUUAUGUAUAAUAACAUUUUAAAUCACUUUUAUAUGGAGAUUAAUGAAGAACUAGUUAGCUAAAGAAUUUAAUUUGUCACUGUUUAGUAAAAAAAUAAAUAAAAUACGUUUUUGUGACAGAUUUUUCAUCACCUGAGCAUUUUAUAUUUACCAAAAUCUAAAAGUAUUAUUGAAACUUGACAUAUGCAGGGUAUUAGUGCAUUUUUCAGUGUAAUAAAACCCUGCUUUACUUUGUCAAACUCUUUUAGGUAACUUGCCCUAGUUUCCAAUAGAAAUAACAAAUACUCUGGUCAUGAUUAUACUAUCUUCGUGCAAAAUAAACUCUUCUUUUUUUUUUCUUUUUUUUUU